AUGACUCAAACCAGCCAAAACUCAUCUACGGUUGUCCGCGCCGCCUUCGAAAACCUCACAGUCGUAUUCGGUCGGCCUGUGCAAACAGGAUUCAGAGGUCACUUCUAUUUGGCUAUGUCCACAGCCUUGCGAGUUGAACUGGAGAUAUCUACUUUCGAACAGAACUCCUUUCUCCUAAUUGGCCACCAGAGACAACCGUCCGUUUCGAAAGGCACAUCACUAGAAAUCCUUCCUGCUCGCCUUCUUCCCCUCCUCAUGUUAGCGCCUGGUCAGUAUGAGAGGAUGACACCCUUGAAUUCAUCUACCACAUGA